GAGUCUGUCACGGGAUCACUGGAACAGCCCCACGGACCCACUUGACUUGAUUGUGAAAGGAAACAACAAAGAACUGGCGAACAACGGUCAUGUCAACAAACGACCCAGUUCCUGUGAGGAUUAAAGUUGAGGAGGACUAUGAUCAGAUCCUGGUGGAAGACCAACAGAGCCGCAUUGUCACAGAAGAACCAUGUGAUAUUGCAAGUGGCCGGGACCCAUUUUGCCGCACAGACGUCCCUAAGCCCCUCAAUAUGCAGAUGACAUAUGAUGGCCUAUGUGACUCAGUGGAGCCAGUGUCCAAACCAGAAGGACGACACAGCAUGCCAGAGAUGGAGGGAAGAGGUUAUAGCCCCAGGAGAUGGAGAGGCUCUGGGUCACUAAGUGGCAGCGUGGUCUCAGAGAUGGAGGAGGAGCCUCAGAUGGAGGAUGUUUCAGGUGCUGAGAUGGAGUAUGACUGCCUGCCCCAGUAUGAGCAGGCAGGUGCAGAGGAAUUAUACAGCAUUGACCACCAAAGGACACUGGGAGAAAUACUAACCUACUGCCAGGUCAUGUAUGAGGCCAUCCAGAAACUUGACCAGAAGUUUGAUCAGCUUCAAGCCAAAGUAACCAAUGUGCAAGCCGUGCACCUGAGUCCUGCACUCUUCCCACAGAAGGCCCAGCUACUGAACACUGGCGGAAUGCAGCAUGGCUCCUCGGUGUCAGACUCUGGGCUGCCGAUGCCCCAGCUGGUCCGUGUGUGCUCCCCUCCGCCUCCUCUCCAGGGGGAGGGGAAGAAGCCUCCUCCCCUUUCUCCUGCCCCAGGGGUCCCGAGCCCCCCACAGCUCGCGCCCCAGGGACAGCCCAGCCAGCUGGCCCAGAGCAUAGUGAGAGCCCACCUCACUACCCAGCCGUUGCCCCCUGGUAAGGCCACCACCGAGACCCUGAAGAGGAGCGCUCCAUCUGCUGGGGGCUCUGUGGCCAAAACCGCGCGUAAGAGUCUGCUCACCACCAGCCCCAGCUCACAUAAGACAGUGCCUUUGGAGUGGUUAGGGGACCCCAAGCGAAAGGUGAAGAUCCCCAGUAGCGCUCUGCAGAAGGCGGUGGCUCUGAAGAGCCCGCGGAGUGUCGUCCGUUCCCUGCUGCGCAGCGUCUUCCCCCUGGAGACCCUCACCUCCAGCAAUAUCAUGGGCGACUCUGUCCGUGGCCUGAAGAAACUGGACCCCAACAAGAUCGCCGCCAUGAGAGAGUGGCUUGCUAAAACAUUUCCCACGUUUGACCUGAAAGAAAAUGGAAAAGACUGGAAAACUUGUGUUUCCAUCAUAAACUCCACAGCCAGAUAUCUUCGCUUUGAAGCCAAAAAACACAAGAAGGGCCAGAACGAAAAUGGGAAAGAGCCAGCACCAGAUGAGGACAGUGACCCUGACCCUGCGGCUGCGAGUGCCACAGCGGAGAUCGAUGUGGAGCUAUCAGACAGCGAGGGAGAUGUUCCUUCCACUUCCCGCAGGACCAAGACCACAACCAGCUCCAUCAGCAAGCAGGAGGCAGCAGAAAACAGCUCUGGGCCCAUUGAAGAGAGUGAGGAGGCCAACAAAGAUGAUGUGUAUGAAUAUCUGGGGCCGCCCAGCAGACAAGUAAAGGUGCCGCGGUAUGCAAUGUUCACAGCCCGCUUGCGUGCCCGCCCUGAGCUUGUCGCACGCUACCUCAUCAAGUACCUCUUCCCUGAGCAUGUGCUGGUCAAGAGCAAUGUGUAUGGAAACCGAGAGCAUGGCAUCCAAGCCCUGGACCAGAACAAGAUCAGCGCGCUCAGAGAACACUUGAAGGAGCGUUUCCCCUGGCUGCUUCUGGAGGAGAGCGGCCAGGACUGGAAGGCUUGCGUGGGAGCCAUCAACAGCACCAUCCGCAAGUUCAGACAUGAACUGAAGAAGGGGAAGAGCCGAAAGAAACGCCGCUGAGACCGCGCGCGGAGACCCGAGACGCAGGGCGGCCUGCGCAGCGUCAGCCAGCGCUGACAGUGAUGAGAUGAGCACUGUGAACCGGCCGAGGCCGGGCAGAUCCACUUCAGCACUGCGUUUACUCGACUAAACUUGAGACCAGCUCCAAGAGCUGCAAAACCUAGCACUUCUUCCUUCCCACAGGACCCUUUCAAAUACAGUGUAGAAGGAGAUGACUGAGGUCUGUGUGGGAGAUCGCCGGACUGUUUCUAACCAUUCCCAUU